AUGUUCGCGAUUUCGAACAACGGAAUUUUGCGCGACUCGCUCGCCGGCAUCCUUCAGCUGCCCGCCGAACGCGUUUAUGCCGAAUAUCAGCCACUUCCUUUUACAGGCCACAUCGUCGUGGGAAUCGAGGAUCUCCGCGAUGCGAAUCUGCGUUUUUCGAUUCGCUAUUUUUUGGCGAACGUCGAGAAAAGCAUUCAGCUUUUCAUAGUGAAACGCGAUUGGAAUGAGCACGAGGAGAAGUUCAUCGACGAUGUCGUCAAAACCGAGUAUCGCCGCGCCUACGAGCUGAAUCAAGCGGCCAUUGACCGCGUCAACAAACUGCCGGAAAAUGAUUGGAAAUCGUUGAGAAUUGAGCAACUCAUCAAGUGGCGCACGAUUCCUUCAAUCAGCUACACACUACUCGUUCUUGACGAGAAUCUCAAAGCGAAAAUCGACGCGGUCGCCAGAAUCACGCCGUGCGCAAUUUCCGAUGACGAUGAGACGCUUUCCAAUAAGCCGCCUGUACUCCACUGGACGGCGGAUCCAUUGGAAGGCGAAGUUCAAUUCAUCAUUCAAAUCUCGUUCCCAUUGGCGGGACCCGAUGAGUCGACGUUCCGCGAGAUUUGCCGCUCGCUCAAACCGCACGUCGAAACGACAUACGAAUGGACCGGCGGAAUGUUGGUGACCAGCGAUCCGGUCCGAUUGCACGUUCAGCGUCUCUCCGACACCGUCAUCGAGUUCGCCGCGCGCAUUUGCGUCGAUGAGCUCGAAGGCGAUGAAGCCGAUUUUCCGAUGCGAUUCGUUUGGCCGUAUUUGGCGGUCGGUUUGAAGCAGGCGAUUCAGAGCAUUGCUGAUCAUCCGCACAUGCAAUAUUCGAUCUCGUUUAUCCCAUACGGCAACAUUUUCUACCACGAAAAGAAUGUGGGCGCUCGAGUGUUUGAUGCGACCGUCUUCACAAGCACCGCACUUCAAUAUAAUAAGGUCGGAUUCCUCCUCAACGGCGUCGUUCAUCACGUCGACAUCUCGCAUGUGUUUCCCGACGGCGUCUAUCCGUCGCUCGCCCGCCUGCUCGCCAUGAAUCCGCCGUCGCCUCGUCUCUCUCGUCCCGAAUCGGUCGUCGAGUCGCCGUCGCUCAUCUCCGAACCGCCGACGCCGGGAAGUCUUCAGGUGACGCACAAUCGCGGCCGUCGCGUUUCGUUCGGCACCAUCAAACUGAUGUCGGAUCAGCCGACGUCGCCCGAAGUGCCGAUAGUGAACGACGAGAAGGCGAACGGCAAAGUCGAUGAAUAUAUCGAUCGGAUGCUGAAGCAGACGAUCGAUCAACUAGCUGUAUGA